AUGAGGAGGGGCAUCGAAACGCUCCGCGCGCUUCUGCGGACGGUUCCUUCCACCCCGACGCAUGUGCACCCGACGCGGACCCUCCUCGCGGAUCCACCCGCGCUCCGCGGCUGGCGCAUCGUCGCACCUCGUCCAACCCGCGUCGAACCGGGCCGUGGGAUCAUCCGGGGACUCGCUCGGUGGGCCGCGACGGGCGACGGCGGGUGGACGCGGGUGAGAUCCGAGCGCGAUCGCGCCGACCGCGAUCGGCGCCGGAGCGAGACUGGCGCGGACGGCGUGCCGAUAGGACCAGACACGCGAGGGGCGCAUCGACGACGCGAAGGCGGAGCGUCGUCUCAGGGUUCGCACGCGUCGGGCCCGUCCAAGGAGCACGUCCGGCUGAACGGAGACCUCGCGCACGCUCGCGGCGUCGACGCGCUGCUCGCCAUCGUCGACGCGCGCGGCGAUGAGAUGAACGCGGUGAACGUCGCCACGGCGGUCAACUCCCUGUGGAAGCAGGCCAAGCGGGAGGCGCGGGACAUCGCCAAGGAGCAGAGACGCCAUCUUCGCCAGGCUCAUCGCCGGGGAGAAGAAGGACAUCGCCGGGGAGAGACGCGAGACUCCGAAGCCGCGAGGGACCGCGUGGGAACCGAACUGUCGCACGACCCGAGGCUGCCGAAGCUGCUGAGGCUCGUGCGAGAGAAGGUUGACGAACUGCACGCGCGAGCCGUGAGCGGCGUGAUGCACGGCCUCGGCGUCUUACACUCCGACUUGAGAGCGUUACCAACCGCGCGUUGGACGACGCGGUUUGAGAAGUCGUUCACCGCCAAACUCGCGGACGUGCUCUCGUCGCGGGUGGAAGUAACCGCGGCGGAUAUGAACGCGCAGGAGGUGGCCAUCGCGUACAACGCGUGCGCCAAGUACGACGCCCUCGGGGAGCGCCUGACGCCAAACGCGUGGCUCGCGUUGGCUUCAGCGGCGUCGAAGGAAUCUGACCGCUUCACCUCGCAAGGUUUGGCGAUGACGCUGAACGCGCUGAGCAAGACGCCCGCGAUGGAGGCGACCGCCGCGGCGGCGGUGCCCCAACGAGGAUGGGAGACGCUCGCGCGCGCCGUCGUGAGGGCGUACGUCCCGGCACGUGGCGCGUGGCGGCCGAACGACGACGGGGACAUGCAGAGCGUCGCCGUGAUUUUCAACGCCCUCGCAAAACUCGAUCACGCGGCGUUGGCGAUUGCGGGCGAGGACGGCUGGCGCGUCCUCGUCGCCGCCGCGGUGACGUGCGCGAGGACGCGAACGGGCAGGGACGAGCUCGGCUUCGACGGCCAGGCGCUGGCGAUGGUGCUCAACGCGUUCGCGAACUGCCACGCGGCGUCGUCUGAGCUCGCGAGAAUAAAAGGCGGUUGGAGCGCUCUUUCCGAUAACUUUGUCGCCGUCGCUCCGAGGGACACUCGGGCUCAGGGCGCGUGCAUGAUCCUCAACGCGUCGUGGAAGCUGAUCAAGGAGCACGGGUUCGAGACGAGCGCGGAGUUUCGGCGCGCAGCCGCCGAUUUCGCGGCGCGAAUCGCGGAGGACGUUCCGCCCAAGACCACCGGGCUGCUGGUCAACUCGCUCGCCAAGCUCAAGGACGUGGCUGCCGAGGUGACGCCCGAGGGAUGGCGACGGAUAGCGGCUUGCGUGCACAGGGCGUACGCUUCGGUCGGCGACGCCAACUUCGAACGCGAUCGAGAAAAGAUUCGGGAUCUCCAUCGGGGAAACGAGCGCGGAUCGUUCGCGGAGCGUUUCGCGGACAGCGGGUUUGAGGUUGGUCAGUUUGACGGCGACGAGCUCACCGCCACGUUUCAAUCCGUGUGCGCGUGCGACCCGCUCGUGGACGUUUUAGGAGAUGACACGUGGCGCGUGAUCUCCGCCGCCGUCGCGGACUUCGCGAGGACCGGCGCCAUGUCCCCGGACUCCGUCUUCGCCACCACGGCGAGCUACAACGCCCUACGAAAACGGGCGCCCCGAGCCUUCGCCGCGGCGGACGCGUGCGACGUGUGGGAACCUCUGGCGACUUGCGCGCUGUCGCGACUUCACGACAUGAACCCGGUCUUCGUGAUUCAAACUCUGGACGCGGCGAAAAAGCUUCCGGAGCUUCGAGAAGCGCUCGAAAAGGUCGGCGGGUCGGUGAGCGGGUGGGCGAGACUCGCCGAGAGGCUGGGCGAAACCGCCGGCGAGCUCGACGCGGUCAAUAUAGUAAACGCCGUCUCCGCGCUCGGCUGGAUGCCGUUCUUGGCGGUGCACAUGUCGGAUAAGGGAUGGAACACGGUGCUGGACCGCCUGCGGUCGCACGAGACGGUCUUGGGCGACCGACGGCUGAGCGUAGAGGCUGCGAUGUCGCACGGUCACGACGUCAGCGGCGCCGCGGCGAGCGCGGCGGCUGAGACCAAAUACGCCGAAAAGUCUGUCUCGGGGCUGCGUCUCAUACAGUCGCACGGAGGUUACGACUCGUACGGGAAGGCCGUCAGGGAAAAGAUCGCGGAGUGCAUCGAAAGAAUCGAGGGUAAGAUGGACGACGAGACGCGGGCGAAGGUGCACAAGCGCUUCGAGAAGUUGAGUAGGUGA